AUGUCCAUGCUCGCCAAGUUCCGUCAAGGCGCCCACAAGGCGCACCUACAAGCCAGCGCCUUCGUGAAGGAUGCCGGCACCAAAGUCUCCUCCGAAACUCGGGAUUUCGUCCAGGGAUUCAGCUUGCCCGGCGAGGCGGAGAAGGCAGCCAAGAUCCUCGCCAGUUUUUUGGCCGACCCUGAUCACCCCGAAUCCGCCCUGAACGCGAUACCGAAAGCCGUACUCCAACGAGCGCGCGGCCUCGCCGUCUUCCAAGUGAUCAAAGCCGGCUUCGUCUUCUCCGGCAAGGCCGGCUCCGGGCUCGUCAUCGCCCGCCUGCCCGACGGCUCCUGGUCCGCGCCCUCCUGCAUCGCGACCGGGGGCGUCGGCUGGGGCCUCCAGAUCGGCGCGGACAUCACCGACUUCGUGAUCGUCCUCAACUCGGAGGACGCCGUCCGCGCGUUUUCGAUGGGCGGCAACGUCACCAUCGGCGGGAACAUCAGCGCCGCCGCGGGGCCCAUCGGUACCGGCGGCAGCGUCCAGGCGUCCCUCGCGCAUCCCGCGCCCAUGUUCUCCUAUUCCAAGUCCAAAGGUCUCUUCGCCGGCGUCUCCCUCGAAGGCACCGCCCUCAUCGAGCGCAAAGACGCCAACCGCGACUUCUACGGCUCACCCGUUCCCGCGCGUGACAUCCUCGGCGGACGCGUCCCUCCUCCCGAAGUCGCCUCGCGGCUGUACGAGGUCAUCGAGGCCGCCGAGGGCCUCGACGAGACCGGCCUCCCCGAGGAGGCCUACGUCCCCACCGCGACCGGCGAACACGUUCCCGUCGAGAACACGGUAUUCGAUGCGGACCACAUCCACAUCUAGACACCCAGACGUGUGUCAUGCGGAAACGACGAGCGGCUAUCUUACGAUAUAUACCAUUACGCAUGUACGAUCCUCCCCCUCUGGCAAACGUUACUCUGUACAACAGGUGGUUGCGCGAAGACGAUGCAAGUCCAUGGAAUUCUAGAUUUCUAU